AUGGACGGCCGCACAGCAGCACAGGCACAAGCACGAAAGCAGUACGUCUUUUGGAAACGACAGGUGGCGCAUCUCGAUCCAGCAAUAUUUGGCUCCUCCAGCCUGCACCAGCGAGAUCCUCGCAGUGCGCUCUUCGAGGGCUACACCGGCUCCGGCUCCGAGUCGACGCGGCGCAACGGCAGCGCCAGCCCCGGACAAUAUGGUGGCGGCUACGGCUACGGCUACCCGGGCAGCAACGGCAACAACCUGACUGCACCGGCACACAACGCCUUCCGGCCAGCGACGCCCAACCGGAAGGGCCAAUACAGCGAUGCCGUCCUGAACGAGCUCGAGAGCCAAAACGACCAGCAGAUCGAGGGCAUCUUGGGCAAAGUCCGCGUACUGAAAGACAUGACGGUUGCCAUUGGCGACGAGAUCCGGGAAUCGUCGGCGCUGGCCGACAAGAUGAACGACUCCUUUGACGCUACGCGGAUCCGGCUGCGCGGGACGAUGAACCGGAUGUUGCUGAUGGCCGAGCGGACGGGCGUUGGCUGGAAGGUGUGGUUGGGCUUCUUCGCCGCCGUGGCGAUGCUGUUCACGUACGUCUGGCUGUUCUAG